AUGACAGAAGCAGAAUAAACAUUUUAUGUCUCUCCUAUUGCCAAUCCAAUAGCCAAUAGCAAAUUAUAGAAAGGACUUCUUAGAUUUAUAGCCAGAUGUAAUGAUUCAUUGAUGAUUUAGAAAUAACUAUUAAACAUAUUAAAAGAGGAGUAAAGGAAGUUGGAAAAGCAUUAAGAAAGAAGACCCCUGGAAUUGUAGUCUUUGCUGCUGACAUUAGUCCCGUAGAUGUAUUAUCUCAUUUACCACUUUAAUGUGAAGAAUUAGGAAUUCCUUACAUUUAUGUGAGAAGCAGAUUAGAAUUAGGUAAUAAUAAAUUAUAAUUAUUCAUUUUUAGGAGCUGCUGCAUAAACUAAAAAGCCAACAAGUGUAGUCUUAGUCUAAGUACCAACUAAAGAUGACGUGAAAGGAUUAGAAAAAUAUCAUGAAUUAUUUGACAAAGUUAAGGAAAGCAAUCCUUUCAUUUGAUA